CGAAAAGCUUACCGCGACGCGUUUCUUCCUUUUUCCCUAAUAUCUAAUGGUCAAGGGGGUCCGCCUUAACCAUCCAGACAUAUCAGACAAUAAUCGUAAUUUGCUGUAUCCGACCAAAAGCACCCUCGAGAUUAUCUCGUUCGUUCAUUAUACGUCCUAUACCACUCGUUAAAAUUCAUUGAAGUCUAUAGCAUUGAAUUGGAAUUGGAAUUUAUUGAUGUCGUUCGGUUCGUAUAGCGCAUGAUAUCUUUGUUUCUGGGAGAUCUGGGAGGUCCUUUUCCCAGUGGGAGCUGUUGGCUGGAGCAGUCAUGGUACCACAAGUAGCAUCAGUUCCAAGAAGUUUGGAUUCCUUGCCUACAAGACCACCGACGCCACCUCGAGACAAGAAGCAAGACACGGACUCGUCCUCGAAGCUCGCUCUCUCUAAUCAGCCCGUUGAUACCAGAUUAAAUCUACAUACGCCUCCAAGCUACUCUUCCGAUCCUACCAACCAUAUCAACACGAGCUCUCGGAGAUCGGCAAAGAAGGUCGGAUUCUUGGUCCAAGCCGAGUAUCAAGAAGCUCCAACCUACGCUGACAAGGAAAAUGCUCGAAAGCAAACAACGCCGGCCUCUGUCCCUUCGUCGGUAACCUCAGUUAAACCGAUUAAGUCUAUCUUGAAGCAGACUUCGAGCCCCAGUCCUAUCCACUCUCUAGAUCCAUCAACCGCCGGCGAUCAGGUCAACAUCGCAACUAUGUUAGACUCAACUAUCAAGCAGCUCGCCGGGGCGGAUAGGGACUCUAAAAUAGAUGCGUACAUGAUGCUAGCACGGGCAUUGAAAACAUCCAAUAACUUGCCUGACCGUAUCGCCCUUCAGGAUAAGAUGAGCUUGUUCAUGCAGUUUAUACAACGAGAUGUUACGACAAAAGCUAUAAACCAAAAUAUCGACUCGUCUAUGGUAAACCACGCCCUUACUCUACUAUGUACCUUCUUCCACUUCCCGGCUAUCGCCUCUACGUUGUCAUCCGACUUUGGCGUCUUAAUUAUCGACCACUGUAUCAGGUCGUUCGAGGACGCUUCCGUACCCAAGGACGUCGUGAGGCAUCUGAUGCAGGUCGUAGCCUCUCAGGAGUUCUCGGCAAGGGUCAUGACGACUGACCGCGUUGGCCGGUUGGUAGCUUCGCUCCACAAUAUAGAAGAACAUAUCAAGGGGAAAAGCAUCAUCAUGUCUCGCAUAUUGAUAUAUCGAAGAUUAGUCAAGCAGUCAAGAUCCCAUAUGAUCACUCACUCGGACUGGCUCCUGGAUCUGUUUACCGAUAUGCUUAGUAGCAUGAAGGAGAUCCGUGCUGCGGCCAUCGCGCUAGGACUUGAGGCUGGCUUCACAAUCGGCAAAGAGAAGCAGCUGUCUAGAAGAGUUAUGGAGAUACUACAAUUACAGAUUGACGACACUAAGUAUAUCGAAUACUAUGUAGAGAGGUUGACAAGCAUGUCAAAGGAUAAGACCCAAUCCGCAUCCGUCCCUCAAGUUUGGAGUAUCGUCAUCCUCCUUCUCAGAUGUCGGGUUGACAGGUGGGAGUUCUUCGGACGGUGGCUGGAGAUUAUCCAGUGGUGUUUCAACUGCGGGGAUUACCACACUAGACUCGAAGCCAACUACGCUUGGAACAGGCUCGUCUAUGUCCUACAUCCCAACGAGACGUUGUUUUCAAAAGCUAUCGUUACAGUGUGCCAACCCUUCAUCAGCCAGCUAAAGAGAAGGAACAACACCAAGCAGUUAGAGGAACUGCGGAAGGUUGUCAUAGCUGGCAUCCGCAACCUUUACUACUACGCCUUCAAGCCGAACUUGAGUACGGCGCAAGUCGACAGCUACUGGGAUGCGUGCGUAAGGCCUCUGAUUCAAGGACUGGCUUUUCCCGAAGUGGACACCAAACAAACCGAGAAACCUACAACUAUGAUCUCUGACAACCUGACCCAAGCAGUUCUAAUAUUGACCGGACUAUUCGACUCGUCGACGCCUCGACUAUGGAAGGAAGAUCGCGUCGCCGAGAAUGCGUUGGUAAAACCGGACGAGCUACCUGCGCUGGACCCGAAAUGGGUUAGACGAAACGCGACGAGGGUAUUUUCCGUAGUAGAACCUAUCUUACAGAAGACUUUUUUGGACCUUGCAAGUCCGGAAUCCGUCUCAUGCAAACUCUGGCGCACCCUCGUGAGCGCCGUGGCGGCUGCCGCGUCCAAGGAGGUCAAGGUAUCCACCGACACGGCGACUUUUAUGGCACAUGCUUUCAGCGUACUAGCGAAGAUAUGGUCUCAGGGACUUGACGGCUCAGACGCCCAACCCGAGUCGCAGCAGAGAUUCCUAGAUGCGACACAGGCAUACCUUUGGACGAUUAUAGAGUCUUUGGGUCUACUGCCCUUCACCGAGAAGCUCCUCUCCCUAAAUAAGCAAAAUUCAUUCAUUCCAGUAGCGACUCCUUCUCAUCGUUCAGGAAGGGGUCAGGGCUUAACGCGAACUCCUCUUCAUCACCUAUUUUCUAUCCUCUCUGCACUGCCUCCUGGCAUCCCCGACGACGACGGCUUAUUAAAUCUUAUCAGGGUUGUCUUAGAUCCCUUCAUAAUUUCCCGAUCCUCCUCUCAUGGGAAGACUGAGCUAGCUCGCGAAUUAAUACAGACGUUGCCCAUGGACGUCCUCUCGCCGUAUGGGCCGUGGGUUUUCAUAUCCGAUAUCCUCUCCCUAUCUCUAGACAGUAGCCAAUCUAGCCAUCUCACCGCCAGCUCCGGAAGCGAAUCGAUGACGAUUGGCCACGAGUACCGCGAGAUUAUAAAGCACCUAGAAAGGGGUUUCAAGUCUACACCUAAUAUUCCUUGGGAGCAUUGGGAUUCGCUCUUCCAAUUGUUGUCAACUCGAGUCUACUCCGAGACUGGCAGUGCAGGACUGGCCAUCGUGGUGAUAGAGCCAUUAGCUAAGCAUUUCUUAGAGUUCUGCUCUUUGCCUUGCGAUGAUGCGAUAUCGCCUAUUCGUUUCAAGGCUGGCAUUAAUCUAAUCUCUGAUGCAGUGCACCCCAAAGAUCGUCAGGCGCUGGACGCUGCUCGACGGCGGAUUUGGGGUACUUCCAUUGCCGGCUCAAGAUCUGCUUCUUUCGACCCCUUCGACAAUUUUUACCGCCUCGCAAACCACCUACUAGAAGCGUCUUAUUUGCACAUGGAGCAUUACGACCCCGACGAGAUCAUCGUAAAAUUGUUUACCGAGAUUGGUUGCUUCCUAAUGCGAUGCAGCCGCUCGCUGGGUUUCAAAUCAAUAGCUCACCUACAACAUGGCAUUGGUCUCUGGAUUCAAGAUGCGAACGCACAGUACAGCAUAGUAGAAUCUACGACGAUUGCCCAAGCUGUUGUAACUCUAUGGGAUCAGAUCUGUAGGUUGUUUCUGCAUACAGAUACUCGAGAAAACCUACAACUCGACGCUAUCGAGGAACUGCUGUGCUCGGCGUUCCAGAGCAAGCAUAGGGAUAUUGUUAAUUAUACUGCGGUCAUGUGGAACCGCGCUUUCGAGAAUACCGAGGAGAUUCAAUAUCCAGAAAAGCUUAAAAAUGUGCUCAUUUCUAUUCAUUCUUACGUUGAUGUAGUGCUUCCUGGCGUAGACCUCUCCAGUUACGCGUCUAGUGAGCAGGAGCCGUCAUUCAUAGAAUCACAGGGUAAUUCAGAGAUCGUGAAUCCGUCUCUUGACAAACAGGACCAUCGCAAAACACCUCUAGCAAAGCGGCCAUCUUCAAGGCGGUCUACAACGCCUAGAUCAGUCCAGCUUUCGUUGCCUUCUAAACAGGGACUUACUAUUACACCCAAUAAAUCUCGGCCAAAGUCAGCUAGGCGUAGCGCGACUCCCAAACUGCGACACGACUCCUCCCAAAUCCAAUUCGCACCCAUCGAAUCAUCCCCCAGCCGCGAUUCAAUGGAAUCUCAGUUCUUGACAGAUCGUCAGAAGGAAGUCCGCGAACGACAGCGAGAGAACGCCGUCAUUUUUGCGCAUAUUCGAGCCAGCACAGAAAACCCGAUCUCGAACGAAGCGGAAGAUUCGAAACAAGAACGAGAUGCGACGCCGCAACGUAACCAAGACCUCGAGGAUUAUGUAACAUCCACGCCAACACCCAGGCGUGGCCAAGCUCCCAUGAUAGAUUUCGAUCACGAGAUGACGGACGAUAUUCCUUCUUCGCCACCAGAACCCCGUCGGAACUUGCUCGCAGAAAUGAAGCCACGGACCAGAAGCAGUAGCGUGUUCCAAGACUUCCCUAUCCUAUCCUCACCUAUUUCUGGAUCUCCCGCUACAAAGCGACAAACGGCACCCGCGGACGAAAGCCAUUUAGAACAAGGAGAUGCAGGAAACGGCGAGGACGUAUCGGAAGCCGUAAAAGAGGAGAGACCGGAUCAAGCUGCAGGAUCCCAGCCAGAGCGUAUAUCUACAAGCGUGGAAAAUAAGUCUGUCCAGGUCAAUACCCGCAGAAGACCAACUACUCCACGGAAAACUCGCUCGGGUAAAAUUCUCGACUCCUCGCCGAAGUCCGACCCCGAGGUGUUCGUGGAUGCUCUCACCAGCCCGGCGUCUCGAUCGCCUCGAGCCCUCCGUAGCAACACGUCCAAGGGUGUACAGACCGUGCAAAACCUUCCAUCUUCUUCUCCAUCCAAGGACCGUUCUUUUGAGCUUAGUGACGACGAAGAGCGGAGCCUAGCACGUCUAGUUAUCGAGCUAGAUUCUAGGAAAUGCGAGCCAGCACUCAAGUACGAUUCAGAAUCGCCAGAGAAGCCCCGAGAGUUGGGGGACCAGUCUUCGGAGUGCAUCACGGUGAGCACGGGAUCGAAGAAGUCGUGUGACAAGUCUAAGUCCAAGGAAGACGAGAGUAACCAGUCGCCGCCUAUUAUUCCCUCGUCUACAGAGGCGGGAAGCUCUCAUUCACCGACUAAGAGGUCAAAGAGAAAGAGGAAGCGGUACUCAGACAGGAGCCAAGAGCCCGGCAGCAGUCAAAAGAAGAAGAGGCAGCACAAGGACACGGAUGACGAAUCAGUACCCAACAGCCAGGUUUCCCAGAAUAUCGAAGGGGAUACAACUGAAAUUAAUACCGAAGUCGACACUUCAAUGGAGUUAGACACCAAUAUUGCUUUCAGCUCGCAAGAUUUGGCGAGACAGGAGCCCGCAGCUGUAGAAGCCGUUCAACGAAGCUCUUCGCCUGUGGAUUUCAAUGACAGCCUCGUCGAGCGCGAGUCUGAUACGGAAGCAGUAACUUUACAGAUAAUUACGGAAGCGUCUCAACAGUCAGAAGUCGAGCCUAUUCCUACGGAAGUACUAGAGGAUGAUAUACCUUUAGUAGAUGAUGACACGAAGAUGGUGGAUCAAGAGGAGGAAGGAGAUGCAGAGAAGGCGGCCGAGUUUCAGGUUGAGCAGCCUCGUCCGGUCGAAGAAGCAGCAGUUGAGAAAUCGGCAGCGGACAGAAUCAUGGAUGCGCUGAAGGGGGGCCUCGAGGGUCUCCGCACGGCGACGCUAACUCGAGACGAGGUGAGCAGGAUUGAGGACAUGUUCUUCGAUAUCAAAAAGGAACUAUACCAGGCGGAGAGUCGGGGCCGAUGCUAGGUUUCACGGGGGUUUGCAAAGGUGAAUGGCGGAUGACGAGGAACAUAUUUAGGUACUACUGUACCAUACGGUUAUGAGAAUACCUAAGGCAUUGAUUGGUAAGGCGUUUAGGAGGUAGAUGAUACCUAGUUAUGAUACCUAGUUACGAUACCUAGUUAUGAUACCUUAGGUAAUCUAUACGAAUGGAAUAUUUCUAAUUAUUUGUAGGUUAGUUGUUUUAUGUGAUGGAUGAAGGAUUGGCAUUUUUGAUAUGGAGUUAGUGACGAAGGAUUGCACUGCAGGUCAACGUUAAGCCGAGGGUGUAGAUGUUCGGGAGAUGUUCCCUUGGUUGGGACGAUUCCGGCUGAUUGUUCGCGUCUCAUAGGCACGUCUAAGAAAGAUGGGCGUUUCAGGUUAUGCGGUGCCACCAAGUAGGAUACGGGAAUACUUGCAUAAAAUGUAUGUACUUACAUGUCAUGUCAUGUACGUAUUAUAUACAUUAUGUACGUACUGUUAUGUACAUUUUUGAUCUUCGGAAGGGUCGUCUCAGUUGAAGGUCUCAGUUGAAGCUACAAUCCACCUU